CAGCAUCUCUUUUGUUUUCUCCUUUUUCUUCUUCACCGACUUUAUAUUUAUUACUUGUAGCAUCGUGUACAAUACCAAACACUGAUCCAAAACCAUACAUAUCUCUUUUUAUGAUAUAACGAACAAUGGUCACUCAAAGAGCUUAUACGGCAAGUCAGCAGCUACAGCCUGCUUCUAUCUUUCGAUGCAUUUUCGCGAUAGGCAACAAGAGAAAAAAGAAGGUUGAUCCCGAAGAAGAAGAGAUUUCCUUGGAGCCAUCGAUCAAAUCAAGCGACAUAAUCGUAUGCGCACGGGGCGAGAAAAUAUACGCGGUUCACAAGGAAGACGGAUGUCGGCUAUGGCGAAUCAAGUCACCUAUUGGAUCAAGUGGAGGAAUCAUUUCGAUCUACGUGACCGAAGAUUAUAAGGUUCUAUUAGGCGCAAAAGGAAAAACUGCGUGUAUCGAGCUGAGAACAGGAAAACAUGUUUGGACGCAAAAAAUGAAGAGACGUUGGAUUUGCAAUGAAGUGUCGAUCCUGAGCACACCGUCACGCGAUCCGUUGCUUUCGUUAGGGGCUGAUCAACUAUCCCAAGUAGAAUUAUUGUCAGCAGCUGAAAAUCAGCAACACAAUCAACACAAACAAGAUGACGCUGGUUAUUUUUCACACGCGUCCUCAUCAUCACGGCUCAGACCAUCUUCAUACGCGGAAAGCGCGUCGAAUGGCUAUAAUAGCAGCAUACAUAUUGACUAUAGUGGAGAAACGGAAAACAAGAAGCAGAUCCAUGGUACAAAAGAUGACGACAACGAUCAUGAAAAAACAAAUCGAGUUGUUUGUGCAACAAGCUGGGGCCGAUGUUAUGGAUUUGACAUUGAUACGGGAGACCAACUGUGGUGCUUCAACUGCCCAAAGGGAAGACUCGGGUUUCCGACCAUAUUGUUAGAUGGACGAGGACAAGGCAAUAGCUGGAACCUUUUUAUCGCAUGCAACACAAUGCUUUACUGCCUUGAGGCCAGAACUGGAAAGUUACAAUGGUCAGAAAGACUAUCCAACAGCCGGUGGUCUUUCAGUGCUUAUGUUACACUUGCCACGGGAUGGAGCUCUCGCCUGGCGGCAGAAGCGUAUAGUGGUGGAUUCUGUCAACAGCCUCUCGUUCAGAUAGCUGAUGUUGAGGAGAAAAUACAAGUUACGGCUAGAUUAGCUAUUGCGUAAGUAAAUUUUUAAUUUGCUGAGCCAAAGGAGGGUUACUGUGGGAUAUACUUUAUGACAAUGUGCGAAUGCAGUAUGGCAUUUAGGAAGCAUGUUUGCAUAUACUAAGC